GGUCGCAUUGCAACCUUGGAAGGUUCACUCACCAAAUUGGGGUUCUGAGCUGGGUGAUGGUGCGGUAGUGGUUGCUCAGAUCGGUGACAGGCUACGGUUCCGUCCAAGUACAUUGCACAGUCAAUCAAUCAGCAAUUUCACUGAGGGUCUGGUGCUUUUGAGUGGGGGUUUUAGUGGUGGAGGUAUUGAAAACACUGUAAGUUGGAGGAACCACAGGCCUCGUCUGACUCCGAAUCUGUGCCGGAGGAACCAAUGAAAAUCCAGACGAACGUGCAGACCCAUGGCCCGGUUUAUGGCCACUACUUGGUGCGAGUGCGAGCACAGGUGAUGUCACGCGACGACUCAUCUGGCGGCUGGGUUCCCUUGGGAGGUGGCGGCCUGAGCGAAGUCUCAGUGAGGCGCCGCCCUCGCACUCAGGGCGGCGACCACUCACAAAAACCAAAGCACGACUACCUCAUCUACGGCAAGCGGAUCAGCGACAAUUCGGUGGUUCUGAGCUGUACGAUAAAAAAGGACUUUGAGUACAACAAGGUGAUGCCCACCUUCCAUCAUUGGCGCACCGGGUCCAAGCGAUUUGGACUCACGUUUCAGGCGGCGGCCGAUGCCCGAGCUUUCGAUAAAGGUGUCCGAACGGCUGUUGAGGACCUUUUGGACGGUGUCCACAUUUCGCCCACUAUGCCACUACCGAAAUGCCCUCAAGAACCUGACGAUGACGUGUUCAUGACCCUGGAUCUGCCACAGGAGCCGAAAGACUCGCGAAGUAGCACCGACUCGAACAGCAGCGGCAAAAGUGGAAGCGCCGAUCCCUUGAAGGCCGGCAGAAUAACGUACAUCGGCCGGGAUAAGCCAACGGAACCGCAUCGACAGCCGGUGUUUGAGCCUCCCAAAGGUACGUCGGAGUACGUGCAAUUGCAGGCUCGACAUGAGUAUUUCUACGUGGAGAACCCGCUGAGCCAACAGCCGCCCCUGCCGCCUACUUGGGAGUCGCCCACAGUGCUGAAAAAGUCGUCGCCGCCUCUUCCGCCUCAACCACUGGCCGAUGUGUUCAAAUCCGUCAUUAAGCGACCGCAACAUUUCAUCUGUGUACAUUGCAAUGAGCCUUUCACUAGAGACCAAAACAAGCGGGGUUCAUGCAAAUACGCCCCCGACACCGCUCAGUCAAUCGUAAACUAUCUGACCUGCAUUCCUUUCAUCAACUGUACGAUGUAUCACUGCGCUUCCGACUCCGAGGGCGACUUUGAGCCGAAUCCCUGCAGAUGCAACAGCGACGAAGAUCCAUCUUACUGCUGCUCGCGGCGCUGUCUCUGUGUUUCGGUCUGUAGCGCCUUUUGUCCCUGUUUAUGGCUGUACUGGCCUUGUAAACUGUUUCACUGUUGUGGGGUGCGAUGCGGCCUGUGGGGCACCAAACACAAAGCCACCACUGAAGGGGCAUGACCUUGGGAAAGUGAAUUGAGCACGGAGUUUAGUUUUGUUUAAGCGGAAUCCGAUGUACAGUCCAGUGGCCAAGUCGCGUGCAGCGAUUAAACGUGCAUUUAUGAAGACCCGGUGGCAAGUUCAUGUGAAAGGUAAACGUUGUUAUUUUGCUAAGUUUGAUUAGGUUCCUCUGCAUUUGGAAUGGUUUUCCGGUGGGGUUUCAAACGGUUUAAAACCAGCUAUCAGUAGAUUUCAAAUCGGUACUGAUUCAGUUGUUCCAUUUGAUUCCAUCUUCUGCAGUAUUUUCACGGUAUUCUCCGGGCAUUUUCAUCGACUUCGACACUUCAUUCCAUUUCCCCGUUUUCCUGCCAACAAGCGGGCAUUGUUGCGCAAAAUGGAUUAUUACUGCCACUUGCCAUUCAUAAAAUUGUCUUAUGAAAACCGGAAAACUUUGGAAACUUAGGAUGUAUUUAUGCUGUAACUUAAUUUUAUGCUUUUACAAACGACUGUGAUUUUAAUCUUAAGACUUCUCUAUGGUAGUAUGGUUUUGGGUGCACAUGUGGUGUCUAUUUGCACAGGAUAUUCCAACCCCGGUAGAACGUCCUGUUCAUACUCAAUCAAUCGUUUGGUUUCAUUAGUACAUUCGGAUGGGAAGUUUUUUCUUUUAUGAUUCCCCUUGCCAGGAGGAAGAAAAACAAGACGCAAGCGUAACCAUGCCUUUGUUCAUCUUCUCCGCUGUUAUCUAAAAGUAGCAAUCCGGAUGUUUACAAGCUUGAGAUGUUACGGAUUGUGAACCUCUUCUUUUCCCUCCUAAGGCGUUUGUUUUCCUCCAAAGUUCUCCUUUUCCGGUCAUCAACUAGGAACUUGGGCAUCGUCAUUUUUUUGCCCUCGAAAGGAACUGUUUUAAUCCAGGCUGUCCGUUUUGUGGUCUGUGUUCUGAUUUAAAAAAGAACGGUUUAUGGACAACGUCUUCAAAACAAUUCAACAAAAUGUUCGGAUCAAUUUUUUUUUAAAUUGAUCAGCGUCGCGCCUACAGUAACGUUUUUGUGGUCCGUUUUGUCUUUAAAAUCAGCACCUCGAUGCCCAGACUGAUCAAAGGCAUGGUCCGCUCUCGAUCGCAUGUGAUGCUUGGGAGGAUGAAAAAAAGUCAAUAGCAAAGCCGCAAUAAACGAGGAAAUUGUUUUUUCGGUUGCAAGCAGCCAAGUCGACUAUACCUUGGGCAAGCUGUAAGGCGGCGUCCAGACCUAACAAGCCGAAGAUCAGGACAGAAUAUGGAUGGUCCGUGGGUGUUUUGGAGGAAUAUUAAAAGAAUUUGUCGCGGAUCACGCUUGGCUCGUCAGAUCUGGACGCACCAUUAGAUUAAAUUGCGAGUCAAAAUUGCAUCCGAUCAACGGAAGAUGAUAUGCAUUGUUUGUGUAUUAAACAGAUCCAACCCCCUUUAACAGUACUAGUUCCUCAAGACUGUUCAGCUCUCUUUUGCCUAGUCUUUUAGUUGCCUAAACAACUGUCGACGGAAUUUCCACAUUUUUGCACAUAUACAAAUCGAUUAACUAGCGAUAACGUCGAAUAUACUAUACGUAAUGAUAGUGAAUGUUAACUUGUAAUUUGUAAAUAGAAAUAAAUGUUUAUUAUGAAGUA